AUGCAUGUAUAUGAUUAUGUCACAAUUUGUGUAUAUACGUAUUUAUACACAAAAUUUAAACAUACAUUAAGUAUAAUGGACGUGAGUGAAUCUCUGGAUCCAAAAGAAUUAAAAGUUACCCUUGAAACAUAUAAAAAAUUGGCAAAUGAUUUUGCAAACCAUGACACAAUUUUAAAGGAUAAAACAGUUUUGUCAUAUGUAGCAUACGUUUUAGAAAUACCAGAUUUUGAAAUUAUUAAUUUGAGUUUAGAUAUUUUGGAAUUAUUUGUUAAAAACGUGGAUAACUAUGUACAUAUAACCUCUACUUUUGGAGUUCGUGAAGCUUUGGAUGCAAUUAUAAAUAAGUAUAAUAUAGAUGAACCAAAGAUAUCUAAACGAGCACAAUGUAUAAAAGAUGAUAUAGAAAGAAUGAAACCACCAAUAUAUAAUUUACGUAGCAGAUGUAGAAGAGUUAUAGAACCUAAAAAAUUAAAAACUCAUGUAAUAGUGUUACAUAUUCAAGGUUUAUUACCGGAAACUCGUGCAGAAUUAGAAGGAAUAUUAAUAAGAAUCAAUGGAUUAGUUUCCCUUGUAGUUGAUGUAGAACAUCAACGUGUUACAAUGCGUACUUUAAGUUAUGUUACUGCAAAACAAAUUGCAGAAGCUAUACAAAGAAAUUCAGAAAAUAUGGAAGCAAGAUUAGUAACAAGAAAUAAAUACAAUCAAGAGUAUCUUGUUAAAUUGAUUCAUACAGGAAAUAAUGGUGAUACUGAAGAUAUGCCAGAUUAUUUACCUGAAGAAGAUGAGCAAGAAAAUGAAAAAGAGGGAGUUGUAUCAUUACUUACUGGAUUAAGACAAAGUGCAUCAUCAUUGUAUAAAUCCACUGCUGAAUUUCUGCAUAAUUCAUUUUAUUGGUAAAUUUAUAAGCUCUAGUACAAUAAAUAUUAUUUUUUAUUCUAUUAUCAAUGAACAAUUUAAUAAAACUAGAAAAUAUUUGAAACUAUAACUUUAUGCAAA